UUAUACAAAUAUGUCUAUUGCUCUUUCUCAAAUAUUAUGAGCUCAUGGUGUCAAUAUGAAGCUUUAAAAUAUGUUUCUUUCCCACAUCAGGUUUUAGCAAAAGCAGCUAAAACAAUCCCUGUAAUGAUAAUGGGCAAAAUAGUUUCUAAGACAACAUAUGAAUUUUAUGAAUAUGUAACAGCAUCUAUUUUGUCCCUAGGAAUGUUAUUUUUUAUGCUCAACAGUGGAGAUGAAAAUAAUGGCUCGAGAACUACAACAUUCUUUGGUAUUUUACUCCUUUGUUCCUACGUUAUAUUUGAUAGUUUUACAUCAAAUUGGCAAGGAGUACUUUUUAAACAGUAUGGAAUGAGUUCAUUACAAAUGAUGUGCGCAAUUAAUUUAUUUUCCUGCACUUUUACAGCGGUAUCGUUACUACAACAGGGAAGUUUAAUUAGCUCCUUUAAUUUUAUGACGCAAUUUCCAAAAUUCUGUUUUGACUGUGUACUGUUAUCAGUUUGCUCGGCGGGAGGUCAACUAUUUAUAUUUAAAACAAUUUCCACGUUUGGCCCUCUUGUCUUUGCCAUUAUAACAACAAUAAGACAGGGUUUCUCUAUACUACUCAGUUGUGUAAUUUAUCAUCAUAAAAUCAGUUUAUUCGGUGUAUUCGGAAUUUUUCUGGUAUUUCUGAGUAUAUUUUUGCGAAUAUAUUGCAGCUAUAGAAUUAGAAAACGCAAAAAGCCAAUCGUCGGUUAACGUUUAUAUAUGAAAUACAUGACGCACAUUUUAUUGUAUUUUAUACGAUAGAAAAAAUAUAGUUCCUUUGACAAGUA